UUUAGAUCUUUUAUGAGUAAUAUAUUUCAAUUAUAUUAUGCAUAGAUGCCUAGCUUACAUAUAUAUAUUGAUAUUCAUAAUAAUACAAUGUGUUGAAUCUUCAGAUAAAUAUCCUUAUCAUCCUGAAGAUAACGGAAAUGAUGAGGGAAGUGAUUUUAAUCUCAUAAUAAAAGGAAUAGAAAAUCUCCUUGACGAAGAUGAUGAUCAAACCGCUGGACAAACUGUAAUCUCAGAUAAUAUUAUGCAACAUGGACUUGGAUCUAUUACUGAUCAAACAUAUGGAACGGCUCAACCCAGUCAAUUAAUACCUCAGUCUAGUCAAGUACAAUCCGGAUAUUAUCAGCAACACUUACAACCUGUACCUAUUCCGCCUCAACAUAUUCCAGAACAAAUUUAUCCACUAACUCAACAAAUUCAUUAUGAAUAUCAUCCCCAACGACCAAUAUAUAGACCACCAUACCUACAAACUCAACCACGACCACAACCAAUUCAACAAGCUCCUCAAUAUGGGCCAAUAUAUCAUUAUCAACCUCCAGAAAUAAGGCAGCCAAGACAACCUUAUCCUAGACCCGCAGGUCCCAGUUAUUAUUCUAGACGUGAGACACCUGGUAAUAAAUAUUUUGGACAACGUUAUCAUCCAUAUGAACAAUCUCAUUCUGAUUCUGGUCAUACUCCGCAUACAAAUACUGGAUCCGGUUUAUUACAUCCGGAUCCUUAUAGACUCCCUCAUCCUUCACAAAUAAUACAACAAACUCAACCACCUCAGGCUUCAAAAGAACCAUUACAACCAGAACGUGUUACAGUUGAAGUAGGGUCAGAUGAAGAUGAUGAGGAAACCGAGGAAAUAGGUCAAGAACCCAGUGAACCAGAACAACCUGAGGAAGCAGAGGAAGGAGCAGUUGGAGGUGCUGGGGAUGGAGAUGAUGAGGAAGAAGAGGAAGAAAAGCCAUCUGAAGCAGUAAAAAAAUGUAAAAAAAUUCGAUUCUUUAAAAAAAACUCUGAAGGCAACAUAAUACCAAUGAUUAAAAAAGAUUUCAAAAGAAUACACGACGAUGAUAAGUUAAAAAAAUAUUUAUUAUAUGCAAACCUUGAAGUAUUAUUGUGUGACGGUGAUGUGGUAUAUAAACAUAACGCCGGAAUAAAUUAUCCCACACAAUUAUCGUAUAAUAAAGUAAAAAACAUUUUUAUUUUUACUCGUAGAGGUGGCUUUCUAUUGAUCAAAUAUUCUGAAGGUGAAUGGAGAGUGGAGGGCAGGAGAGAUCAGGAAUAUCUUAAAUUCUAUUCUAAAACGCAUUGGGGAAAAUAUGUUGAAAUAACUUGUAAUGAUUAUUAUACUGAACUUAGUGCUGCAAAAGCUUUUAAAUACACAUUUAGGGAAGGAGUAAACUGUGAGAAAGUCACAUAUAAAGGGGAAACAAUCUGGCGUAGAAAAAAGUUUAAGGCGUCUCCAGAAUCAGUUCGUUUUACUCCAAAGGGAAAUGUUAUAAUAUAUUUUUCAUCGUAUCUUAUUGUAUUUGGAAAAAGACAAGGAUCUUUUAAACAGAUUCUAGCCAGACCAAGAUGA